AUGGCAAGUCUCCUCCUCCGUGGUAGAGGGGCUGCAGGACUCCUUCCUUGUCGUCUGUUUUCCUCCUCUAUUACCUCAAGAUAUUCAGAAAAGGUCCAGAAACCUCCGCAACCACCGAAACCUAUUGAUGAUUCUACUUCGGCAUUGGACUACAAGAGGCUUCAACGAAAUCGUCCUCCCCCUCUUCCUGCAAUGGACCUUCCUCGUAAUAGGACUGCAGAAGAAGCCGUGACGAAUAUUCUUUACAACACCCCACCACCCAGCUUGCAACCCUUCAAAAAACACAUUCUCAACUGUCUCGUUCAGAACGAGCCCGGUGUACUAUCUCGCGUUUCUGGAAUUCUUGCCGGAAGAGGCUUCAACAUCGACUCUCUCGUUGUAUGUCGAACUGAGAUUCGGGAUCUUUCUCGCAUGUGUAUUGUGUUGAGUGGGCAGGACGGUGUCGUUGAACAAGCUAGGAGACAGUUGGAGGAUUUGGUUCCCGUUUGGGCAGUUUUAGAUUACACGGAUACGCGUACUAUCACGCGUGAACUUCUACUUGUCAAGGUCUCCAUCUUAGGUUCCGAGUACCUCGAAGAACAACUCGCUGGUGGUCCUACUCAUGAACCUCGUCGAGAACUAUCUCAGGACAAAUUGGAACGUGAAACAGCCCUUGCCCACCAGUUCGAGAAAAGUGCUCAUCCAGAGCAGUUUAUUUCGGAAGCAGAGUCCCCGUCUUGUGCAACCUUGACGCCUUCUGAGGCACUCAGGUUAAAACAUCAACAUCUUCAUUCCAUCAACGUGCUGGCAUCGCAAUUUGGUGCUAAAAUUGUUGACGUCAGUGAGAAUAGUGUUAUUGUCGAGCUCGCAGCGAAAACAAGCAGGGUGGAAGCCUUCCUCAGCUUGGUGAAACCUUUCGGGAUCUUAGAGUCUGCAAGAACAGGUCUGAUGGCCAUGCCUCGAACGCCUAUCAGUGAGUCUGCUGAGGACGACCUGGUGGAAGACAUUAGUGGACCUAUUGACGCCAGCCUCCUUCCACCUGGCUAG